UACAGACACAGCGCUGCUGCUGCUGGUUCAAAUUCACUCAAAUAUCAGGAGAGCUGAGAGACACAAUGGAGGAGAGCACGGUGCAGACACACUGCUGAAAGACUGAAACACAGUUUGGAUAGUUUUUUCUGCUUUUUUCAACUGUUUCUGCAAGUGAAAGAUUGCAUUGAGCUGCAUCACAUCAGAGGUCAUCAUGCCUCCCACAACCCCGUAUGCCGGGAAGUUCAGCUCCUGCGCUCCUUACGGCAACAACAACAACAACCACCCUCAGCCUCAUAGCCCGUACCGCAACGGCGUCGCCCCGAAUCCCGCGAAGGACAACGUCUACAACGGCGCCUACACUUCCACGGAGAACCCCUACGACGUACCGCAGCCUCACGGCUCGUACCGCACCUCCUCUGUCUCCUCCGCGACCUCCAAGGACCGCCACUACAACAGCAGCUGCGCGGUUUCGGAGAACCCGUACACCUCGCCGCAGCCUAACAGCCCCCGGCAGCACAGCACUUCCUGUCCCGGACGCGCGUACCGUCACACCAGCAGCACCAGCAGCGGCAGCGAGCAGUCUUCUCGGAACAACUCUGUCGCGGCGAAAGGCCGACGUUACGGACACGGCGUCACCGCUAGCUACGGGGAGAUGUGUUACCACGACAACAGUUUGGUUUCAGCAUCCCUCGAGGCGCUGAUCCAGCACCUGGUUCCCACGGUUGACUACUACCCUGAUAGGUCGUACGUGUUCACCUUCCUGUUGAGUUCACGCCUCUUCCUGCCUCCGUACGAGCUCAUGACGAGGGUUUGUCACCUGUGUGUGGAGCAGCAGCGGUCCGGAGACGCCCUGCUGGAUAAGAUCCGUUUCCGCGAGGUGGCGCCUAAGCUGGUGCAGCUGCUGACCGAGUGGACGGAGACGUUUCCGUACGACUUCAGAGACGAGAGGAUGAUGCGCUGCCUCAAGGACAUGACGCACCAUGUGGCCCGAGGGGACGAGUACUCGUGGCGAGCCAUGCAGCAGAUGACCCAGCGGCUGAUCAAACGGCUGUCUGCCCUCGGACAGUACGAGGAGGCCGUCUCCGCGCUCAACGCCGUGGCGACGGAGCGGCCCGCCUCCCUGAAAAGCAAACAGGCCUCGGGUCAGCGGAGCGACGUGAUGAGCGUGUGCGACGACCCCUUCAUCCUCGCCCAGCAGCUCACGCACAUCGAACUGGACAGACUGAGUUUUAUCGGUCCCGAGGAAUUCAUCCAGACGUUCGCCAUGAAGGAUCCUCUGGAGAACCACAAGGGUUUCUUCCGGAAGCGCAAAACCAGUAACCUGGAGGCUUACGUCAACUGGUUCAACAGGCUGAGUUACAUGGUGGCCACUGAGAUCUGUAUGCCAGUGAAGAAGAAACACCGAGCGCGGAUCAUAGAGUUCUUCAUUGACGUGGCUCAGGAGUGUUUCAACAUCGGCAACUUCAACUCCCUCAUGGCCAUCAUCACCGGGAUGAACAUGAGUCCUGUUGCCAGACUGAGGAAAACCUGGAGUAAAGUCAACACUGACAAGUUUGAAAUCCUAGAGCACCAGAUGGACCCGUCCAGUAACUUCAGCAACUACCGCACCGCGCUCCGCGGCGCCACCCAGAGGUCUGAGACCGCACACAGCAGCCAGGAGAAGAUUGUGAUUCCUUUCUUCAGUCUCCUCAUUAAAGACAUUUACUUCCUGAAUGAAGGCUGUGCCAGCAGGAUCACCAACGGGCACAUCAACUUUGAGAAACUCUGGGAGCUUGCGAAGCAGGUGAGCGAGUUCCUGGUUUGGCGUCAGGUGAUUUGUCCGUUCGACAGAGAACGCCGGAUCCUCCAGUACCUCGUCACCACGCCUGUCUUCAGCGAAGACGAGCUGCACCUGUCCUCGUAUGAGAGCGAAGGACCUGAGAACAACAUGGAGAAAGACAGUCGGCGGUCUCUCAGAUCUUCCCUUCUGCAUCGAGAGAAUCGCUCCUAAGACGACGACGACGACAAUCUCCUCUGCUCUGCAGACUUGUAAAUGAACGAGGUAUAUUUUCAAGCUACAGGUUCCUCCAUAUUAUUUUAUGGACACAUUUUUUUACACUCCCUUGGACAACAAACGCAGCUGGGGGCCCAUAUUCUCACAAUAUGUGGGCUUUGAGCUCACACAAGGAGAAUCAAUGAUUUAUAAAUCAAAUACUGUAAGAAUCCUUGAUGAAAUUCAUUAGGUGCCAAAGGACUUCAGUUGUGAUUCCCAGGGAGAGCUCCGAUUUGGAUCAUUAACUGUGCUUCUUCUUCAACAUCAGCUCUGUCCAAGGCACUCAAGACAACUGCAGAAGUAGUCAAACAUGUGGAUUUUGUUUAUAUCUCCAGUGGACCUCUAUCAUGGCGCGAAGGACUCAAACUAUGGAAGCGGAAAGGGCCGGUUUUGUCUCCAAAUGAGACGGAUAAUGGACCCGAUUGGUUACAACAUUAGCACUGCUUCUCUGCGGGACACAUCCUGGCUGUCGGAAACCACAGACAGAGAGAGGAGAGGUGCACUCUGAAAGGAAGAUCAUCGAUUCGUAUUAUAAAUAACAGGCUAACAACUGCUUUUAGAAGUGGUGUUGUCGGCAGUGUUGUUUUGUCGAGUGCUCGAUCAUAGUGACAACAUCGUGAGCAGCAACUGCACCACAUCCUGUCCAUUUAUCUCUCAGUUUGCACACAGCAUCAAUUUCCGGGUCAUUCGAGCCUUUGAUUUAAUUUAAACCCAUAAUGCAUCAGCUACAUACUCCCAAACGCAUUUUACGGACGCUGCGUUCAUCAAUCACGCUAUUUGGUUCUAAACAUUUUGUGAUGUGAUGCAGAAUUGUGCGAGUGUCAGCAACAUUAGAGUUAAAUCAAAUGCACUUCAGUGGGUUCUCUUGUAUUGUACUAUAGGAUUGGCUGACUCCUAUUUUAAGGCGUCUUUCUAUACAGUAUUAAAUUGUAUUUUGUAUCAGAAGGUUAAAAAAAGUUGUUUUUUUUCUGUAUGUACUUUCUCUGAAGUUUCACCGUGAGCUUGUUGCUGGUUGGCUGGCUCUGUGUUGGUAAGCUAUUUUUGUUAAUACACCAGUUCAUGUAUGAUAAAAGAAGUGUUUGGGGUCUGAAUGGAGCACAAACUGAUGUGUGUAUGUGCAGCUUAGAUACAAACAGGUAGCUGAUGUGAUCCUUAAAAUCUGCUUACGAGUGAACGUGAUGCUGUGUUAUGUUUUUUUUUUUUUUUUUUUUAAAAGCUCAUUUUAUAAGUGUUUUCUCAUAUAUGCUUUUACUUGUGUGUAUCAUGUUUGUGUUACCGGUCAGGGUACUUGUACUGAAGGUUUUUGUGAAAAGAGAAUUAUAUUUUUUUCUUUCAAAUAAACAAAAUAACUGAA